AUGGCCUCAAAGUUUGAUAAUUUCCAGCUCUCUUUGCUUAAGCAGUUCGUGGAUUUAUGUAAGGAAAAGCCAGACCUACUGCAUGCUCCUCAGCUGAAGUUUUUUAGAGACUGGCUUGAGAGGUAGGAAAGAAGCGAGAAGCGAUGUAGGCACGUGCCUCUCCUUGUGUUCUCGCAUCUACGUACAUGUAUGUAACACCUUGUGUGUGGAAAGACCCUCACGUUUUAUAAGAAGGGCAAUACAGGGAAACAAUUCGGUCAAUAAGGGAUAUAUGUUAUUGUCGCUAUCAUGGUUUUAAUGAUUUUAUCCAAGUUUGGGUCUAGUGUACGUGACUAUUUGAGGCCAAAGGGCUGCUCAAAACGUAAAACAUGGUUAAACAUAGGCAGAGUUAUUUUACUUAUCGUACGAUCUUUAUGUACAUAUUCUUUUGUCUGAAAUAUUGUGAUGAAACUUAGAAGAGCCGACUUUAAGCAAUACAUGCAUUUGUUCCCUCUUGGAUAUAAUCAACACAGAGCUCCUGGUGUAAGCUCGCAAGGAAGCGGAAGUAACCGAUCUCUAGGGGUGGGGGUAAGGUGGGUUGUCAAAGUCAUUGUUUGGCGUUUUAAAUUUUACAAGCUUUCAGUGGAUUUUUUUAAUGGCUCCUCUCCUCUUUUAGAGAUUUACAAAAUCGUGAGUUUCCGAAAUGGGUCAUUUGAUCUCAAGUUUGACAAAGGAAGGAGAUAAUGCAUCAGUCAAUUCCCCCCGCGCCCCCCCCCCCCCCCCCCCCCCCCCACAGGCCACUGCGGGGCAUUUGCCCGCCAUGUCAGUCCCAGGGGUGGGGUAUUGCAAAUUUUGCACUGCCCGGGGGCCGGGCAUUAACCAACGCCAGGACCAUUCCCAAGCUUUUGACACACACCCGGUUUCCUAUCACAAUAUAACUACACAGAAGGUUUUACUGGAAAAAAAGCAGAUCGGCUCAUCUGUCAAGGACAGGAAUAAAUUGAAGAGGGUUGUAAAGGCAUGUUCUUGAUUUUAUGCAUGCAUUUCUUCGUUGCUUAUCAAGCCAGAAUUACAUAGCGAAAAUUGGAGCUAUCAACGUGAAUCAACGUUUUUUGUUAUUGAAUCUUAUUUCUGUUUAUUAUUAUUUAAAGAACAUCCUUUCAUAUUUAUAAAACUAUUCAUAACAUAUAACUUUACAGCGCUCUAUUAAUUUUAAUGUCAAUAAUUUUAUAUCAAUACUAAAACCAUAAACUGGUGCAUGUCGUUGCGGUGUGAAGUCUUAAUUAGAAUCCCAGCGCUAUUACAAAGAAAGACGUUUAUUGAAACCAAAAAUCGCACAUUAAAAUGCCUAAAAUGACACUAUUCAACUGUGCGAUCAAUGAAAAAAGGUUGCAGUGUUGACGGAGGACAGGGCAUUUGCCUUCUUUUUUCGACAGCUCAACGGUUCCCACCCCUGGGAAUUUGCCAUCCAAGGCAAAAAAAAUGCUAAUGCCCAGGGGUCAGCGCAGGGUGGGGGUGGGGAGGGGGCUGGGCGCAGGUGGAAUUGACUGAUGCAUAAUGACUUUCAUUUUUGUGAUGUGAAGACUGACAAUUUUGCCACAUGUAUAAAAUACCUGACAGAUCCCUUUGGAUGAAUGAUUUUAUUUUUUCAAGGGUUGAGUAAAAUAAAAAUGGUGUGAUUGAAUCUGUACUCGUCGAGGCAACGAGGGACCAAGAAGUAAAAUCCCGUCGAGUUAUCGUUAAGUCACCACACAGACGAGACACAUCUUAACUUUUUUUCCCCCUUAUUAAUGAGCACCUGUCAUUUCUUUCAUUCAAAUGAUUGUAUUGUAGUUUGGGUGCCAAUAUCCCUCCACCACCAGAGAAACCAAAAGAACCUGAACCAACUGAAGAAGCAAAAACCCCAGAAAAAGAUGAACCAAUGACUGAACCAGAGCCUAAAGAGGUAACAGCUAAUUCAAACCUCCUGAUAGAGUGGAAAAAAUUUUGGAAAACACCGUCUUUACUUGAAUAAGUGUCGCAUUUAGUACAAAAAAAGGUGUUAAGUGCUGCCCCUGAAUAAGACAGUGCUGUGGCACCUGUUCAAUCAAAAUCAAACUAAGACGUUUAUUCUGUCAGUUUUAUACUAAAAGUGAUAAUACGAUUUACUUGAGACAAUUCUUUGUUACAUGUAACUUUCAAAUAAAUGUUGCAUUCAAAUAAGUGCUGCCCUUGAAUAAGUGCUGCAUUUGAAGGGUUCAAAAAUUUAAUAAGCAGUGCAGCCCUUAUUCAAGUAAAUGCCAAUGAUAUGCAACAUUUCCCGGGUGUCCCAUUUUUUGUCAAAAUUUUUAUUCACCAUUUUUGCAAAUGUCCAUAUUUAUACACCUUGUUUUCCCUAAUAAAUUUUCCAUAUAUAGCUUUUGUCUCCAAUUUCUCUUGUGUAUUGCAGUCAUCCCAUGAGAAAUUGAAGACAAUUCCUAUGCAAAAUUUAGUUGUUUUUAUCAUUGAAGGUUCACAGUAGUUUAUCAGCCUAAAAUUAUGUCUUAAAUUAGUUUACUCCCCCAGAUUAUGCAAUUUUUUUAUUAUUCAUUAAUGAUGUUUCUUGUGGAAUAAUUGGUCAAUAAUAUUGUGUGCACCUACCAUACAUAUAUAUUGUAAUAUCAGAAGCCCUGAUAAAUGGAUCUGAAUGUCACUUUAAAAAUAAUUGAAUUAUCAUUAACAGAAGUUAAUGAAAUUAUAUCCUUUAAGAAGGCAUGGCAGUAUUAUUGUAGGGUUCAAAUGCAUGUAAAAUCUUUUAUAAAUUAAAUUGUUCUUAGGAGGCACAAACAGAAGAGGCAAUGGAGAGUUCAAGUGAAGAGAGUGAUGUGGGUCAGUGUGUGAAGUCAAUUAGGCUUUAAUACUUCUACAUGUACAAUGUAUAUGUACAGGACUGAUUAAGAGUUCAAAGCACAAUAUUCUGUAACUUAAUUGUCAUGUGGCUGUUCAGCGUAGCAAUAAUUUGAAAGGGCUUUCUUAGGAUUUCACCUUCUUUUAAUCAAGGAGGGUUCCUUCGUUUCCUUUAAUUCAUGUAGACUUAAUGAGCCUCCAUUAAUGUGGCCCUGGUUCAAAUCCCAGAAAUCCCAGAAUACAAGGCUGUGCAGUUUAGUAGUGCCUGGUGGCACUGGACACCUACACUGUAGCUAAUUUAUUGCUCCCAGGCAGAUAAAAAAAGAUUAAAUAUUAUUUUUUUCAUAUGAUGAGCACUGCACCUGGCCCUGGAUUUGACGGGCACAAAGCACUGAGCUCCUUCCAUUUUUUCUUAAAGCACAGCCUUGCAAUAAUUAUACCAUCAGUUAUGUUUGUUGUUGGUUUCCAUCUUUAUUCAGAGAGGAUUAUACUCCAAGAAUUCUUGUUUCCCCUCUCCUCAAAAACCAACAUUUCCAAAUACAAAUUUGAUCUGGAUUGGUUAAAUGCAUUAUAACCAUUUUGUUGAAUUGUGAUACUUUUUCAUUCAUUUCUUUGUUUAUUUUACAUGUUAUUUAUUCAGUCAGGUAGUAAUAAAUAAAUAAAGAAAUGUUUAAUUACUGAUUUUGACUUAUAAAAUGAUUUACUUAUGCCCUCUUGUUUACCUCUGUAGUUAAGGUUUAAUUAUAUUGUUACAUAAGCAUCUGUUUGUAAAUUUUAAACUGUACCAAAUUUUUUUUUAUAAUAAUACUGUAUUUUAACAUUAUUAUUUUAACAGAGAUUGACAGGGAGGGAUGUAUUGAGCCAGACAAUGAUGAACCUCAGCAGAUGGGAGAUGCAAGCAUUGAAGUAAAUAAUGAGUUACUUAAUAAAUAAUUAACAAUAAAAUUCCUGCAAAAUUCACCUAGUAAUCUCAUGCAUGUACUACCACUUUACAUCAACCUCAAAAUACAUGCUUAAUAACGUGUAGUUAAUAUCAAAGUUUUGUUCAAAAUAUGCUACCCUGCUGAUGUGCUGAACCUAAAUUAUUGAUUAUUGAAUUAGGUAGGGCCACAGAAGAGCAGUGUUUGAAUCUCAGUUUGGUUAGGCAGUUUGGUUUUCUAGUACAUUGCUGUUGGCUGCCGGAUAAGAUUUUGACACAGCAACAUUUUUUUAAGUGUGCUGUAUACAAUGAGUGUGAGUUAUCAGUCUAAAAUGAAACUUUGUCUAGUUCUGUGUUCUGUGUAGUCAUGGCAGGCGGAUUUUCGAACCAGACCUAUUCUACUAUUGAAACAUUCUCGGUGCUGUUUUAGCAUCCAAAUUAUUUAAUUAGUCAAGGUUAUGACAGUUAUGAAGAACUGAGACAUGCAGUUAAAUAUUACAACCUCAGUCAUUCGAAGUUAGAACCAACUUGUGUGCAUGUUUAAUUAAUGAUUUACAGCUUUCAUUGACAAUACCACAACUAUAGUCAUGUGGGAACAGUUUGUUGUGAAUCAAUAAUUACUUUAUCUUAUUAAUUGUAGUGAUAUUUCAUUUUCUGAUGUUAGUUUCUCAAAUCAAUAAUAUCAUAAAUUUAGGAAUGAAAUAAUUUCUAUCUGCAAUAAACCAAAUUACUGAUAUGAUUUUUUUCUUCCUAGGUUACUGAUGAGAUGAGAGAAGAGGCAUCUGAAAAAAGAAGUCAAGGAAUGGCUGCCAUGAGUGAAGGUUUGAAGUGAUAGAAAGUUUUUUUUAAGAAGCCUCUGCCUGGUGGAACACAGGCUGUUAGUUGUAUAAGAUGUUUAUUUUUUUAAAUUUGGUCUUUGGAAAUAUAAUUGGAGGGCAACAUUCUUAUGUUUAUGUGUAGUGGAUGUUUCAGAUAUACUUCUCAUUUGUUCUGUCUGUUGUGUGAUAAUAAUAAUUUUUAUUUUUGAAUAGGAAAUCUUGAGGAAGCAGCUAAACUAUUCACAGAAGCCAUUUUAAAACAUCCUACAACUGCCAGCAUGUAUGCUAAACGAGCAAGGUAUAGUUACUAAAAGUAUUCUGUGUGUAUUUUGGACAUUUAAUUUUUCCAUUUCUCUUCAUUUUUACAAUUUGACCAAUAAUUAGUUAAAUUAUUAUUAUUAUUAUUAUUAUUAUUAUUCUUUUGCUCCAAACCUUUUCCAGCUGUUUUAUUAGAAUGCAGAAGCCAAAUGCAGCAAUCAGAGACUGUAAUGAAGCAAUCAAGAUCAACCCAGACUCCGCCCAGCCUUACAAGUGGAGAGGACGGGCCCACAGGUUAUUGUGCUUGCACUUCUUUUCAUCAGUUAUACUGACUUUUGAAUUAAAGCCACUGUUGAAUUAAAGGCUCUGUCGUUUAAAAAUGGAGGAACCUACUGUUACCUUGAGGGCUUAAACAUUUCGUUAGAAGUUUCUCAAAGUUCUUGCUUUUUACUAGCAGUAUUUUCUUUUCUUUCAUCAGACCAUAAAUAAAUUUUAUUCUUGUAGACUCUUGGGUCACUGGGAAGAGGCCGCUAAGGAUCUUGGCAUGGCCUGCAAACUUGACUAUGAUGAUCAAGCUAAUGAGUGGCUUAAAGAAGUUACUCCUAAGGUGCAGUCAUUAUUUGUGAUUAUGAGUGACAGCAAAACCCAAAAUGUUGUUUACAAGUCUAAUACAACAAUAGUGGUUUGUGUUUCUGAUGCCAAAUUACUACGACCUUACAGUCUGAAGGCAAAAUUUUGCGUCAAUAUAGGGACAAUUCCCCCUCAACUACUUCAUUUUAUGAUUGUUAUGUAAAGAAGUUUGAUAGAGCAGAAGUCCGUUUUACUCCUUUUGGUGCCAUUUUCUUUGUCACUACCUCCAUGACUAGAAGACUAAGCUGUCUUUUUUUGUACCAUAAAUGUGGUAUAUCCUUACUGAACAUGCAGGAUGGUUGUACAUGUAGAAGCCCCCGCAAUGAUUUGUUUCUUUGUAAAAUCUCAGAAUAAUUUGGUGUGAAUGCUUGCCGUACAUGGUAAUGUCAAUCAGCCAACAGCCUUUGUUGCCUCUAUCUUUUUACCAAUGCUAUUUUUGCAUAUUGUGUUCCCAGGCACACCUUCUUACUGAGCACCGAAGAAAAUAUGAAAGGAAACAGGAAGACAAAGAAGAAAAGGAACGAAUGGAUAGAAUGUAAGAAUGCCCUCGCACUUUUAGUUAUGGAAAUUUUGUGGUUUAACUUUUUUUUAAGGGAGGAGGGGGGAGGGUUGAAAUUUGAUUUUGCAUUCGAACCUCAUCCAACGAGAGCCCCUCCCUUAUCUCCUACGCAGUUUUCUUCGUGUCGUCACGCAAAGAAAAAACGGCUGCAUACUGGAGACUAGCAUUUUCGGCUCCAGUCCUUUCCUAUUCGCGCAUUCUUGACCAACGGAAAGUACAGGCUGUUUUGCAGCCCUGGCCCCACUGUUUUAUUGACUGGAUAUUAUGUGUCAAUAUUCCUUAAAGAUAUUUGUUACAUUAGACCACUACAUCCAUCCGUCCCAAGGUGGCCUUUGUAGAGUGGUUUGACCAAGAUAAACUUAGAAGAAAACAUGAUGGUUGCUUUUGCCUUUAUCAACCAUUCACACCAGAACCACCUGCAAUUACUGUGGUGUAUCGAUGGCAUGAUUUACUAAAAAUACGUGGAACGUUUUUCUUUCCAUUUUAGAAAAAAAGCGAAAGAAGCGCAAGAAAAAGCAAGAAAGGUAAAUUCAGAUGGGCAUUAACGUUAUUGUCUGUUUUUUAACAAGUUCUAAUGGUUGCUUUUCAAUUUUGAAUAUUCACUUUACAGGAAGAAGAAGAAAGACAAAAGCGGCAACAAGAGAUGCCUGGUGGCUUCCCAGGGGGCUUUCCUGGUGGUUUCCCCGGCGGUGCGGCAGGAUUCCCUGGGGGCUUCCCCGGUGGUGCAGGAGGAUUCCCCGGAGGUGCUGGGGGAUUCACUGGUGCUGGAGGAGCAGGAGGUAUUUAAAAACUGCUGUUUCCCAACUCCUUCACGUUUUUAAACUGUACAGACGACAUAAAAGAUCGUGUACAUCUACCAACGGGGGAAAAAAUGACGAACACCUAUGACGAAGUCCUACUUCUUAAAGGUUUUUUUGCAAGGCUGAUACUAUUGUGUGACCUGGGAAAUUCAAAUCUGCUUAAGAAACUGAGCUCUGGGAAUUUAUUGACCUCAGAAAUGGGAGGCUGUUUUUCAUCAGCGGCUGUGGGUAUCACAGUUAGUUUCACUUGCUCCUCGCAGAAAGCGCAGCUAGGUCAAGAAGGAACAUGUGGACUCUAAGUCUGAUUGCUGAAGUUGUGGAUCUUUUUUUCUUUCUCAGGUGGUGCAACACCCAACUUAAAUGACCUUUUAAGCGAUCCAGAGCUGUUAGAAGCAUUUCAGGUUUGUCGUGAUCAAAUCCAUUUUGGCUGAGUGUGGAGAUUUUGUUUAUUUGUCGUGUUUGGAUAUGUUGCAGUUAAUAAUAAUAUUUAUAAUAUUUGUUGCAGUUAAUAAUAAUAUUUUAUUUCAGUUGAUUUUUAUUUUUCCUUUGUUUCAAAUUCAUUAGCAUACAUUACCAUGAUACUCAAAAACAAUAAAAAAUAAAGAUUAAUUGAGAUAAAAAAUUAAAACUACAACAGAUAUCUGGGCCCAGUUGUUCGAAGGCCAAUUUAUCGCUAACUCGGGGUUAAAUUUUAGUCCGGGUUUCAUGUACUUUUGUUCAAAAGCAUUUUCUCGAAUAAUUUCCCCUGUUCUCUUUAAAGCAUCAAAAUGAAGAGAAAAAGAAGUAAACGGAAUUUGUUUCUGAAUCCUUCAUAUCUGAAUUCGAAUUUCGCGGUAAGCCUGGGUUAUCUUAACCCAGCUUUGAACAACCCGGCCCAGAAACUUGAUCCUGGACUCCGAAUUUCGUUGGGUUUAGCAAAGAAAGCAAACUCUAGCUGGUUCCGGUUGUUCAAGAUUUGGAUAGCGUUAUCACCCACUCCGGAUGAAUCACUUUAACUUACAGGUGUUGUGGCAGCCAAUUAGGUUAUACAGUGGAUAGCACCGCCCACCUUUUAAACAAUACCCUUCCCCGUAGGAGAGGGGGGGCGGGGGGAAGUAGUGAGCACUACUUUCUCGUUUCGAAGGUGUACCUUGCUCCAUGCGAAUUCUUGCUAAGGUAGCAAUGUUACCUCAAGCCUCUUAUCACUGUUGGGGUUUCGUGGCUUGCCGUACGCUAUACAGUGUACGUGCGCCUUCUCCAGCCUUCCUCAAAACCUUACGUUGUACCUGAUUUGGACUGGGAAUUAAAAACCGCCAUUAUGUACUUAUAGUGACAGUACAAUCCGAUCUUUGUCUUUUUUUCGUUUGUUUGUUUUCUGGUGUUCGCUGCAGAUGGACACACUUGGAUAUUCUGGUUUCUUCUACUUUCAGGAUCCCGAAGUAAUGGCAGCAUUUCAAGAUGUCAGCCAAAAUCCAGAAAACCUCUCAAAAUACGAAGACAAUCCUAAAGUGAAAAAGAUUCUUGUUAAACUGGCGAAGAAGUUCGGUCCCACGGGAUCCGGCCCUCCCCCCGGGAGCGGAGCCGGGUUUCCGGGUGGUAUGCCUUUUGGUAAUAUGUUUGGCGGGCAGUAGUUAUCGGGUCUUGUGUACAACAUGAAGACGAAAAGACAUCUUCGUAGGCUGCUUGGAAAAUGAUUCGUAGUUUUCUACUGAAACGUUUCUUGAGGUUUUAUGCGGAUAUUCCACCGACAGCUAAUCCUAAAGUUUUUCCGUGAACUUCUUUUUCUGAAAGGGGUCGAGGAUGUGUUUUAGUGACA